CAGGAAGCAUUGCAGCCUGGCACGCCGUCCACGACCUGCGUCGUAACAACAAGGGGCGGUCCGCGCCUGCGUAUUUGCUGGUUACGUGUUUCGGAAACAACUUUGCGAUGCGCUGUGACAAUCAUACAUGUUCUUGCCCCUGUAAACGAGAGAUAUGCUUGGAACGCGUUAUGUUAUUGAACAACGGGAGAAACGCUUGCAGCGCUGAGAAUUGUUGUGAAUCAAAACUUAAACAGGUUUAAAUGGCUGCGGGAAAGCAUGCGCCGUUCAUCUUACAGCGAUUUUCUAACAGCAGUUGACCGACCCGAGUGGACAGCUCCUCGUAUCUCCUACACCAUCGAGGAACAGCGGUCCGGUGAGCCACAGCCACCGUCUGCUCCGCAUGAAAUUGACGAUAACUCGCUUUCCGACACGAACUACAUCGCGACCUUGUAUGUUCUACCGCGCUUCCAGCUCGGCGCUAGUGGCUUGCACGACGACACGGCCGCACGGCCAGACGCGGCGGAGCGAGACCAGC